CUGGGCAGACUGGACCAACAGGCAAUCACGCGUGGCUGCUGUGGCUGAGGAACUGUGUAGUUCCUCCUGUAAGGUUAGCGCUCUGUGGCGCGAAAGCGAACUGCGCUCGCCACAUGCAAACAGGGCCAAACAGCUCGUGAACUUGAACCACCAUGUACGGAGAUUCUGCGCCUGCGCCUGUCGACCCUUACACGGAUCCUUACAACGAGCCGCCGCCGCCCGCGGCUGCCGCUAAUACGGACCCAAGGGAUCGUGAUCCUCCUCCCGCUCCUCGAGGCCGCUCUCGUUCCCGCAGCCCUGCGCGAGCUUCUUCUUACCGCCGGUCUCCGCCCCCGCCGCGCCGCCCUCCUCAUGCCCCAAUUCAGGCGCCCAAUCCCUCCAGCGUGUUGGGAGUGUUCGGUCUGAGCAUUCGCACCACGGAGCGUGAUUUGGAUGACGAAUUCAGCCGAUUUGGACAUGUCGAGAAAGUUGUCAUCGUUUAUGAUCAAAGGCAGUCAGACCGUUCCCGCGGGUUCGGCUUUAUCUCGAUGUCGACCGUUGAUGAAGCAGCACGUUGCAUCAAGGAACUCAACGGUGUGGACUUGAACGGUCGUCGAAUCCGUGUGGACUAUUCCGUGACCGACCGGCCGCAUGCACCAACCCCGGGCGAAUAUAUGGGGCACCGUCGUCGCCGAGGUCGCGACACGUACUCAGGCUUCGGGGGGGACCGUGACGACUUCCGCGGUGAUUCUUACAGAGACACGUACAGGGACCGUCGGGAACGGGAGCCGUUCCGCCGGGAUGACAGGGACCGCGACAACUACGGUCGUGACAAUCGGGACUGGCGUGAUCGCCGCAGCCCGCCUCCGCGUAGCCGGUACUCCCCUGAUUACCGCAGGCGCAGAAGCUACUCAAGGAGCCCCCCUCGUGGCAGCAGCCCUGCUCGUGCUCGCGACUACGAUGCUCCUUCCUCAAGCGCCUUGCCUCCCGCCAACGGCGAGCCUCGGUGGUAGAGUGGCUGAAGACGCGUGUCAUGGCUUCUUGGGACAGACGACGGAAUGCAGGUCAAGGGUAUAUGUGGGGCACCGAAUGCUGAGAACACGUGGUUACCCG